GUCUACUACAGUCGUAGUGGGCGGUGAGUGCGAGACGCUGAGCAGUUUGAACCGUGUAUGUACUGAGGCGGAAACGUUGAAUUUGAACAAUUUGUUUAUAUGCAAGUUGGAACUUAACGGUCCAGCUCCCAUCCACAUACUUAUUAUUUCCGUGACAAAGCCUGGGCCGAAGUGGAGAAGCGGUAGUUUUCUUGUUUGCUGACUCCGAAGACGUAAAGCCGGGUGUCGAGCAAAGUGAAUCGCUCCCUCCUCCUGAGCUAACCGCUAGCUAGCCGCCGCGCUAACAUUACAGCUAGCCGUAAAACGGAACGAGCUAAUCCCCAACACAAAGGACAACUUCUCCGGUGUUUGUUAUAUCAACCCCGAAUCGCCCCAUUGAAUGAGGACUGAUCUUCCCGUACAGCUUUGUCUGCUGCCCCAGGAAGAAACUCCAAAGCACUGGAUUCCUUGGACUUCUUGGGUGGAGGGGCCCCCUUUUUCUUCAGCUCCUUCAUCAGAUUUAUCACCAUCAAGCUGUUGCAAGAUAAAGAAAAAUCAGGUUGAUCAUGGUGCUAACGGGGAAGCGAUCAGAGAAGGGUCCUGCCUGCUGGAAGAGGAGGGUAAAAUCUGAGUACAUGAGGCUUCGACAAUUGAAACGCUUUAGACGGGCUGAUGAGGUCAAGAGCAUGUUCAACACCAACCGCCAGAAAAUCAUGGAGCGAACUGAUAUUUUGAACCAGGAGUGGAAGACCAGGCGAAUCCAGCCUAUUCACAUCAUGACGUCUGGCAGCUCUUUGAGAGGGACCCGAGAGUGCACGGUUGACAGCAGCUUCUCUGAGUUUUCUAGACAAGUCAUCCCUCUGAAGACACUGAAUGCUGUGGCAUCGGUGCCGGUCAUGUACUCUUGGUCACCGCUGCAGCAGAACUUCAUGGUGGAGGAUGAGACGGUGCUACAUAACAUUCCCUACAUGGGAGAUGAGAUCCUAGACCAGGAUGGUACUUUCAUAGAAGAGCUCAUAAAAAACUACGAUGGCAAAGUCCAUGGAGACAGAGAGUGUGGCUUUAUCAAUGAUGAGAUUUUCGUGGAGUUGGUGAGUGCUCUGGCACAGUACAGCGAUGAAGAGGAUGACGAGGAGGAGGAAGAACAGGACUUCAAAGUGGACAAGAUGGACAUGUGUGAUGGCAAGGAGCAUCCAGAGGAUGCCCGCAAGGAUGGACUGGUCAACAAUGAGAGCCGAACCAACAAUGACACCAGCAAGAAGUUUCCUUCAGACAAGAUUUUUGAAGCCAUUUCCUCCAUGUUCCCAGACAAAGGCUCCACUGAGGAGCUCAAAGAGAAGUACAAGGAGUUGACGGAGCAGCAGCUGCCUGGUGCUCUGCCACCUGAAUGCACACCCAACAUUGAUGGUCCAAACGCUCGCUCUGUGCAGCGCGAACAGAGCCUCCACUCCUUCCACACUCUGUUCUGCAGGCGCUGCUUCAAAUAUGACUGUUUCCUCCACCCUUUCCAUGCAACUCCAAACACCUAUAAGCGUAAGAACUUGGAGAACUUGGUGGAUAGUAAACCUUGUGGCAUCAACUGCUUCAGGUACCUGGCGCAGGACAGAAUGGGGAGAGAGUACCCCACGGGCAUGGUUGCUGAGCGGGCCAAGACACCCUCAAAACGCACGGUGGGCCGUCGCCGUGGACGACUGCCUAACAGCACAAGCCGACCCAGCACCCCCACUGUUUCCUCAGAAACCAAAGAUACAGACAGUGACCGCGAGGGCAGCAAAGAGGACGAGCGAGAUAAUGACAAAGACGACGAGGACAAGAAGGAUGAGACCACCAGCAGCUCAGAGGGCAACUCUCGGUGUCAGACUCCAGUGAAGAUGAAGCUGAGCAGUGAAGCUGAAGUGAUGGAGUGGAGUGGAGCCGAAGCCUCUCUGUUCAGGGUUCUCAUUGGGACGUACUAUGACAACUACUGCGCCAUUGCACGACUCAUAGGCACCAAGAAUUGCAGACAGGUCUACGAGUUCAGGGUCAAGGAGUCGAGCAUCAUUGCUCGGGCUCCUGCUGAAGACGAGGACACGCCGCCAAGAAAGAAGAAGAGGAAACACAGGCUGUGGGCCACUCACUGCAGGAAGAUCCAGCUAAAGAAAGAUGGCUCGUCCAAUCACGUCUAUAAUUACCAGCCAUGUGAUCACCCACGUCAGCCCUGUGACUCCUCUUGUCCCUGCAUCACCGCUCAAAACUUCUGUGAGAAGUUUUGCCAGUGCAGCUCUGAGUGUCAGAACCGCUUUCCUGGUUGUCGGUGCAAAGCCCAGUGUAACACCAAGCAGUGCCCCUGCUACCUGGCAGUGAGGGAAUGUGACCCUGACCUCUGCCUGACCUGUGGUGCAGCAGACCACUGGGACAGCAAGAAUGUAUCUUGCAAGAACUGCUCCAUCCAGAGAGGAGCCAAGAAGCACCUGCUGCUGGCCCCAUCAGAUGUGGCAGGCUGGGGCAUCUUCAUCAAAGAGCCGGUCCAGAAAAACGAGUUCAUUUCUGAGUACUGUGGAGAGAUUAUUUCUCAGGACGAAGCGGACCGCAGAGGGAAGGUUUACGAUAAAUACAUGUGCAGCUUCCUAUUCAAUCUCAACAAUGAUUUUGUUGUUGAUGCCACGAGGAAAGGUAACAAGAUCCGCUUUGCUAACCAUUCUGUCAAUCCUAACUGCUAUGCAAAAGUGAUGAUGGUGAACGGGGAUCACAGGAUAGGGAUCUUUGCCAAGAGAGCCAUCCAGACUGGAGAGGAGCUCUUCUUCGACUACAGGUACAGCCAGGCUGAUGCUCUGAAGUACGUUGGGAUUGAGAGGGAGAUGGAGAUUGCCUGAUUUGGACUUCUACCUCCAGCUGGUCGACAACUCAAAGGCCUUACACACAAAAACAUUUAACUUCAGGAAAUCCAGACAACUUGUCGAAAUGUUAGAAAGCUUCAGGAAAACUAGGAAUAUUUGAAGCCGAAUUUUUAAAAAAUUAAAAAAAAAAAAAAAAAAAAACUUAUCAGUUUUUUCAUUUUCUGCUUGUUUCUUUGUGUGGGAUUCAGAAAUCUUCCCUCUGCUGAAGGUGCAGUUCACCCACCCACAAACUUAACUUUUUAAGACAAACCCAUGACUGUCAAACUUCAGGGACCAAAAUCCUCCACCAGCUACUUUAACACCACCCAAUGGACUCUGUCUGGACUCAUUUGUGGGUUGCGUGUCAGUUGUCAUGUGUGUUUUAAAUGGUGUGAACUGAAUCGGCUCGUCACUCGUCAGAGUGCCACAUCACUGUCUGUGAGCCAGAGCAGCCUCCACAAAGCAGUGCCACUAUUUCAUUUCAUCCUCCUGCUGGAUUAACUUUCAGGCUUUCUCCAUAUUUUGUUAACAAAGUGAGACGCCCGAACGUAGCAUGGUGGGAUUUAUUUAAAUGAUUAAGAGGAGAUUAAAUGACAGGUUUUAUGUGAGCAGACCUCAGGACAUUUUUUCUCAUCAACUGUGAAGCUUGUAAAUUAAAAAAAAAAAAAUGGUUGGGGUUUGUCCCACCAGCAGCUCAAUUUUGUUUAGAAAUAAUAUAAAUCAGAGAAAAUAGAAUCCUCAUAUUUAAACCAAACUGGAAAAUGGCAGUGAAUGAUGACUGGUGCUUAUUAAUUGCUGUAAAUCAACGUUUCAUUUAUAUUUACCUGGUUCUCAUUGCUGUUUCUGAGCUGAAGAUGACUCUGCUUUGUGAUGCUGCCUCUGCUUCUAGUGCUAAAAUGGUGGAUAACUAAAUUAAAAAAUAACAGCAGCCACCCGUCAAAAAGCUUUGGUCUGGGCAUGAUUUUAUGUUCCUGCUGUUUUUUAAGAAGCAGAACCACACUGUUAUCGAUGAAGGUUUUCAUGCACAUUCUCCUGACACUCCAUCUGUCUUCUUUGAAGUCUCUCUCUUCAGGUUUUCCCAGCAGCCAUCACACUGACUCAGUUUAGCUAUCCAGCAUAGUUUUUCAUCAGAGUACCGAGCUCAAGAUGAAAGUUAUUAGAUGUGUUAAGUCAUCCUUUAAAUGACAGUAUUUUAUGUUAAGUUUCUCGCUGUCGGUACAGAGAACAGAUGAGUCUGAGAAGGGAGCAGAUCUCACCUCUUGUCUAAUAGAAAUGGAAUAAUUCAGGUUUUAUUAGCAGAUCAACAGCCUUACUAUAAAACUCAGAUUUAUAUUACACUUCUAACAUAUAUAAUACACACACAUAGGUUUCUUUCCCCAUCAGUUGAUUUAUUCUCUUUGAAAAGGUCCAAGAACAAUUAGAAUAUGUGUCCAUGUAUGAGCAGAACAGCUUGCAAAUAAUAAAUAAAUGAAUUAGUAAAAUAGUUUCUAAUAAAAUGUCUAAAAUUUCCUCAAAUGGUAUUAAAUACAGUUGUUCAAAUCUAUAAAAGGCAUUUUUUUCAGUGAGUCAGGAGUGACAAUUAGCCCUGAUCAACAACUAGAUUUUUUUCCUUUCACAGCCUCUAGCUUUCAGCCUAAGGCUGUGGCUCUUUUUAUAGAACAGUAUUUCAGCUCAGUUGUGUGGUGGAGGGCAGACACAAAUACUGAAGUCACUGUGCGGUUUUGAUGGGAAAACUUUGUCUGCUGUGCCUUGAGUCCUCCAGAACGUAGUCAUUUUAAAACGACAACAAAAAAAAUAAGACCACUGCAGAUCCUCUUGUCUGCUUUGGAGAACCUCCGCUUACUGCACAUGAGGUCCAAUCCAAAAAAAUUGGAGCAUACACCUCGUUAAACAGCCUUUUGAUACGCAACCAUUCUUUGUUCUCUUUCCUGACAUGGAUCCUGGUGCUUGCAAGGACUCUCAGCCCGUUUUGACAUACUUUAAAUAAUAGCAACCUCUUUUGUCCACUGUGGAAUAACACCCCCUGUAAAUCCACGGUCUUCUACAAUUGUAAUUUAUGACACACUUCGCUGAUAUCUCAUGACUUCAGGGGCUUUGAAACCUGGUGCUUUACUCACAGGGUUCCUAUUUGUGUCUGGAAAUGUUGUGUUGUUGGAGGAUGUUAAAAAAAAAAAAAAAAAAAAAAAAACGUUACAAUGAAAGUGUAAAUUUUUCCAAAGAGCAAUAUGUAAGAACCAAUUUAUGUAAGGUCAGACGUUUUACUGCUGAUCCCACUUUUUUUUCUGGUGUGUUUGAUUGGACUGACGACAUCUAAAUAUCCAGUUUGUAUCAAUGUGACAGAUCCAAAAGCUCUUGCAAGUUCAAGGUUGUGUUUCUGUGAUCAGAGGAGGGUUGGGUAACAAACCAGAUGUUGAAGGUUUUUGGAGACAUGUUGAGACAUAAUUUGAUUUGGUCAGAAAUAGUGUGGGUGACUUUAGGAUUCAUGGUGUCAGUGUUUCCCCGGCCCUCCCCAUCUCUUCACCACAGGUUAUUUAGGGUUUCUAGCAUCCACCUGUGCUUGCUUCUUUUCAGACCAGAAGCACUUUGUUCCUCCAAUGACACAGGUGCUGAUUUUGUAAUGUUUACAGGGAUUGUGUUGUUCAACAUGAUGCAGAGUAAAAUAUUAUGGUUGAAGUGCUGGUUUUCAUUUGUCAAGACCACACAAGAGGAGUCUUCAGAAAUGUUUUCAGAGGUGUCAUGUUCUUCCCUGCAGGUUUCACACAUUUAAGAUUUAAGUAUCACUGAAGUCACUUGUUCUUGAUUUUAAUUGCCACAUUAAGACAAAUCAUUUGAAAUGUGAUUUGGGUCCAGUAGUAUGUAGGAUGAAACCUGGAGGAAUGACCAGUAUUGCAAUUUCUCAUGUCCCUUCAAAUCACAGAACAAUUCAAAAUAAAAUGUUCCUACUGGUGCAUGUAGAAAAGCUGGUGGUAUAUUUUACAAUAUACAGUAUAUGGCUCUGGGCUUAAGUAUUUAUGUAAUGGCUUUUAAAGACUGAAGAUCUGCACAUUCUGUUUUUUAACUUUCAGAUGAAACAAAUCUGAUGAGUCUUCUGCUGGAUGGCUUUAGUAAAAAAUGAAACUGUCAAUUUCUUUGCAAGCUACUGCAAAUGGUCUUUGGCUUCAAAGAGCUGCUGUAAUUAUUUGAGUCAAGUUUUGCACUAAAGAGGUCUUCUCUACCUUCCCAUUAAUCACCUAACCACCUCAUACACAUUCAGGGGAGGGCCCUAAACACUGGUAGACUAAGCAGCUCCUGCAGUAAAAUAUGACAUCUGUGCCUUAGCUUGGAAGCCAAAAUAAUUUCCCACAAACAAAUGGUUCAUUACCAACAAAGGCUCCAGCAGAUCUGUCAGGCCAAUUAGCUAGUUUGGGUGGGUUUUAUGUGGUGAUGGAUCAAAGAAAACUAGUGUGGUCAUACCUCACCUGAGAACUGUGGAGUAGUGUACAACAAAAUGGCUCUGGUUUGUUAGGUCCUAACCAAAUCAGAACCUCCAGGAGAUUAUCCACUUCAUGCAGAGCUAUUUGCUCUCUGUUGAAACACUUCAUAAUGAAAUCCAGAUGAAGGGUCAAAUUAAAAUGCAGACAAGCAGUGAACCCCUCUGAAGCGUGAACAGAGUCUCAGGGAGGCAAGUGUUAGAGAAAUCUUUCCUUGUUUUUAUUUAUCACACAUUUAGAAAAUGAACCACACUAUACAAAUGUCCACCGUUCAGUAAUGACGCAGACCUGCAUGAACCCAACCGACCUCCAGUGGGGGAAGAAGCAUCGUGGUGGCUCUAAACUCACCUCCUCCGGUCUGGUGGUCGUGCAGUGGACUGCAUCAGCCCCCCAGUGACUCAACUCUAAUUUUUACUUAAUCUUUUUUUUCAUGGUCACUGUGGUGCAGGUAGGCAGUAGCAUGCAGAAACCUUUGGAUGCGGCUCUCCUCCGAUUGGCUGUAGGCUAAGUCAGUACAUCUGCGCUAUGUAAAGAAGGGAGCAGGGUUUGUUCCUCUUAAGAGUCUGUGGUUGUUAUUUACAACAUGACAACAGAGUGAGUCAUACAGAUGGGAUGGGACAGGCGAGUGUCUGGAAGAGGGGAUGUUCUGAUCUCCAUCACUGACAGAACAGACCGUUCGGACCCGCAGGUUGGUGAUUGUGGUUGUCAUAUUGGGGCGGUCACACUCACAUAUCCAUCACUCAGAGAUAUCCACAUCCUUUAUUACUCAGACAUAAAAUAAAAAAAAGAAGAAAAGAAAAAAAAAA